AUGGUAUACAGUCAAUACUUAAGUGAACCUGAUCAUGUUGUUAUUAGCCGUACAAAGUUCGAAGAGAUUUUCCACACGUUGAAUAUCGGAAUUAAGAAACCAAGCAAAGACACUUGUGGGAAAUGCGACUGUCUGAGAAUGAAGAUAACAUUGACUAGUAACAUUGAAGAAAAGUUGAAGUAUCAGCACGAAUUAGACACCCAUCAGAAACAAGCUGACGACUAUUAUAAAUUGAAGGUAGAAGAUAAACGAUUAUCAAAAAUUGAUCCAACGACAAAAACAGUCACGUUUGAUUUACAACAAUGCCUUCCAACUCCAAAGGUUUCUACAGGCAUUUCUUUCUACUUAAGACAGCUAUGGACCUUUAACCUAACUGUCCAUGACUGUGACAAUGAUCAGGAUUAUUGUUUCAUGUGGCAUGAAGCUAUAGCGGGCAGGGGAGCUAACCAAGUCGGAUCAUGUAUACAUCAGUUUUUAAAUAGCAUUCCAUCAGAUGUUGAAAAAAUUACGCUUUACUCAGAUUCUUGCACUGGGCAAAACAAAAAUGCACACAUUGUAGCGAUGUAUUUUGCCUGCUUGAAAUAUCACCCAACUUUGAAAAUAAUACAACACAAAUUUUUAGUGCCCGGCCAUACACACAUGGAGUCUGACACCGAUCACGCUCUUAUUGAAAAGAAACAGAAAAAAACAGAGACACAAAUCGAUCACCCUCGCGAUUGGUAUCAGUUGGUUCGAUGCACUGGAAAAAAACAUCCUUUCAAAGUUGUGGAGAUGGACCAGUCAAAAUUUUUUAAUUAUGCAAAACUGCUAAAAACAGAGCUUCAAGUGAAGAAAAAAGACGAAACGGGAAACCUCUUUUACUGGCGUGAUAUUCGAGAAAUAAUGAUCGACAAAAAUAAUCUUGGGGUAAUGUAUUUUAAAACGGGCAUCAAUGAAAGUUAUAGGUGCCUUUCAUUCAGGAAGCGUGGCUCAUUAGCAAAGUUAAUUCCAGAAUUGCAGUACAAAGGAUUAGUGCCUAUUACCGCGAAGAAGAAAGACAAUCUAAUGAAGUUGCUGCCGUAUAUUUCUGACGUAUUCUGGGAUUUUUAUACAAAUCUUCCAACGAACCAGGCAGAUGACAUACAUCCAGAUUUGGAGUCUUCUGACGAAGAUGAAUAA